AGCUGUCGCUUCUAUUGACAGGGUGAUCUCUUUCAUCAUGAAGUAUCCUUUGGGUGUCUGUGUCUAUGUAUGAGUUAUAAAAAUCGUCUCUACGUCUCACUGAUACGGAACCCAUGAUCAUGUGAAUAAAGCAUAACAAUGUCGGCAACGGCAUCCUCCUCAUCUGACACAUUGAAAAGGACCGUUGGCGGACCUAGUGGCGCAGUAGCCGGCUGCAAUGUUAGCAAGAAAACUUUUGCGGAUCUUCUGUGUCGUAGUGGAAGAAGUGCAUUCGAUGAUUGGAUUUAUGACCUGGAAAAAUCCGAAGCAGAAAGCCGUAAGGACUGCUAUCAGAAACUAGUCUCGGGCGCCCAGGUAAGUCGAAGUGUCUAGCUUCUUGUUAUGUUCGCUUCUGAACCAAAAUCGUUUUAAUCAUCUUAUAUAUGUUGUGAAAAAAAUAGUAUCCAUGGAUGCAACAUACGAUAAGGAUCAUCACGAGUGAUCCAUUUUUGUAAUCAAUGGUUCUUGUUCAGAUCACCGCAUGGCUGCACUGCGUCGGAAAAUUGGGUAAGCUCCCCGUAGAUGUUUCCGAUACCAUUCGGACUUACAUGGGAGAAUUUCCUCCAGGAAUUUUGCCGAGCAAGAUAUCCCACGCGCGAGAGCUCCAAGACAUCUCGGAAGCGCAGAAAAUUCGGCAGUGUCUAGUGGCUGCGGACCACCUCACUCGGAUUGCGCGUCAGGCAGCAGAAAGUGGCGACCUCGAGUGCUUUCUCGAAGCAAAGGAUUGUGAUGCGGUAACUACCACAGAACCGGGCAGAAAGGUGUGGCUGGUGAAUGUACUCACGAUCUUGAAGCAGAGGUGGGAGUACAGAAUUCUUAACUCGCGGCGCCAGUCAUUUGGAGAGGUUGUGGACUAAGAUUUUGAUCACGAAGCCUUUCCGAUGCGGCUACUCUUCGGAGGUAUAGUCGAUCUAUAUACGGACGAAAUUUCUCCAGGCUGGCUCGAAAAGAAGCUCGUCCAAAUGGAAGGCGGCGACGGGAUAUUUGCGCUCCGGAGGCAAGUAGUAUAACUAAAGCCGACGCCUGUUCCUCAACGUCAACUACAAGCGCACUAAGGUUACCGGACGCCCGGCCUUCGAGGGAAUUGAUGAGGAUACGGAAGGAUACGCUAAAGGAGAUACAGGAAAAGGCUGCGCGAUAUAUCUUGGACCUCUGUGCGCAUGCACUCAAAAGGGGCGAGCCGACGUUCGUGCUCAAGAACGAUCUAUACGAUGAAGCUCCACGAUUUCCGAACGGAAAAAGCUGUCCCAUGUUUGACAUCGACAUGGAUCAUUUCUGCGCCUACCUAGUCAGAGCAGGCGAAUAUCGAGGAGCCCUCACUUACACUUCGAUCGAGAAGAGGCUGUCAUUUUGAUAUCAGCCGCGAGGCAGGACCUGGACCAGCAUUUCCCGGUGGAGUUGAUUUUAGAAUUGGCUUGAAAAGUAGCAUGAUCAGCGAAGCGAUUUAGCUGCCCGCGCUGACACAUUUCGACUCAAUCUGGAUCUACCAUAUUCAUUAUUCACGUGGAGCUUCACAUUCAAGAACUCUGACAGCACCGGUUAUACGUUCAAGCAUGUUUCAAGAUUAAUACCUGUACCACUGAGACUGAUCGACUUCGACGACGUCGAACAUCAAUGAGGCUUAAUAUCGCCAUACCUCUGUAU